AUGUCGUCAAAACGUGUAUUGACCGCUGUCAGCUUCUUUAUUUUAGUCCCCAUGGCUAUAUCUACUGAUAACCAGAGCCAUUUUGCUUCAGUUUUAUACAAAACAUUGUUUGAUGAUAACUACACAUCAGCUAUUCAUCCGUACUGCAGUAAAAAUGCUGUUAACGUAACAAUAGACAUGGGACUUCGAGAAAUUGUGGAUUUAUCAGAAAAAUACGAGACCAUAAAACUCAAGAUUUGGGUCAGACUUAGCUGGAAGGACUGCAAGCUCACGUGGAAUUCUUCCGAAUUUGAUGGAAUUUCCAAACUAGGAGUCCCAUACGACAAACUCUGGAUCCCAGAUGUGACUUUUUUUGAAGGUAUUGAUGAUAUUGCAAACAUGCCUGAUAUGAAACAAUACAGGGCCUUGAUAACAAAUAUAGGCGAAAUUCAAUAUCAGUUUCCAACAACAGUACACAUGACAUGCGGAAUGAAUAUUUCCAUGUUCCCAUACGAUCAUCAAAUGUGUACUCUAACAUUUGGUUCAUGGAUUCAUUCAAACAGCGAAAUAGAAAUAUUCAGUAAAUCUGAAAGCGGAGACCUCUCUUCCUUUGUCAACCACCAAGAGUGGGUCGUCGUUAGUCUGAAAGCAACUAAGGUGACAGAACUAUACACAUGCUGUGAAGAACCUUUCUCCAGCAUUUCCUAUAAACUAGUGAUAAAACGCAAGGCCACCUUCUACAUAAUCACAAUGAUUUUGCCUUUCUUUGCACUCACUAUAUUAUCCAUCGCUGGGUUCGUGUUGCCAUCCAUCUCUGGAGAAAAAAUAACAUUCCACAUGAAUAUUCUUCUGGCAGUCACAGUCUUUUUGCUACUGAUUCAGGAUACGUUACCAUCAUCAUCUGAGUUCUUUCCCAAAAUUGGAAUUUACUUCCUCAAUACCCUUCUGCUCACUUGCUUGUCUUGUCUGAUGUCAGCGAUCGUAGUAUAUCUAUUCUACCACGAUCUCAGUGGUAGAGAGAUGCCCAAAUGGGUCAAAAGAUUUCUGGUGGAUGGACUGGGUCGACUGAUGUUCAUCACGCCGGAAACCAUCGUACGCUUCAGAGCUCAACAAACCGGGAAUACGGAUAUCACAGAUCAGGGGCAGGUGGUAAGAAAAUCCGUGAUCCCAGUAGACAAAGUCAAAAAGAGUCGGAAGAGCAUAAAGGAAAUGGCUCUGAGUGGAAUUCAGAACGCUGUUUACGAUGGAUGGGAGGUCGAAGUAGGGGAGGUACGGCGACGGGACGAUAACCGCGUCAACUUCAUGGAAACCGACAAGUCUGCGUUCUCGGAUGCCAGCAAGAAGAUGAACGAGUGGGAAUUGCUGGCCUAUACACUGGAUCGAUUCUUCACGGUUUUCUACAUCAUUGUCAUAUCUCUGAACACAUUUGUUUUUCUUAUUGUGCUGAGUCAAAAUGAUCAACCCUGA